UUGUGCACAUUUUAAGCGACUCAUUACAUUCCUUAAACUCAUUCAGUUAUGUCUACUCGAUCGGCGUGCAGCUCCUCUUUUGGUCCUGAUGACUUUAUAGUAUCAUGCUUUUGCUGUACAAAGCUUUUUCAUGCAAACAAAGAGUGCUCAAGUCUUGGUGCCACAGAGAUUCGUGGCUUACAACUAAAAUCACGCCAGAAUUUGGUCUUCAGAUGUACUGACUGUAAUUCAGAUUCAAAUGGAUAUCCAGGAUUGGCUUUUCAAGAAUUUUUGGACGAUACCUGUCAACAACAACUUGGGUGUUUUAAGCAAGAAGGUAGAAGAUGCUCUUUGUGAGUUUGGCUCUCUUCGUGAAUCCAUAGUCAACCUAACUCUUGCCCUUUCUCGAAUUGACAAGAUAUAAGAGGAACUCAAAGCUGUCAAACAGGACAUUCCUACACUACAAUCUAGCUCUUAACUCCAAGGUAACUCUAGUGCUAUGCCUCACUUAGAUGAAGAAGUAAUGUCUACCAUUAUUGAAAGAGAAAUAGCAGUGGUUAAGGCAGAUAUCAAGGAGGAAAUUAAACAAUCCAAAGCUCAUACCAGCUUUCCUCUAGCUAAGAAUGAGGAUUCUAUUAUUAAUGAGGUUUUAGAAAGACAGCGUAGAUCUACCAACAUCAUUGUCUUUAAUUUAAGUGAUGAUUCUAACCUGGAGACUGAUCUCUUAUUUGUGAAAGACUUACUAGCCCCUAGUGAACUCGACCUUUCUAAAAUAAGGGUAUCUAGAAUAGGUAUUAAGGAACAAAAACAAGGAUAAAAUUAGGCCUCUUAAAGUAGAACUGUUUUACCGGGUCUAGUCUCUUGGUCUUUCUCUAACAUGAAAAUAUUUCUUGAUAGAGGGCUUAAGAUAAGUCAUGAUAGCACUCCUCUGCAGCGCAAGCGUUACUUAAAAGCUAGGGCUGAACUCACUCACCGUAUUAGUAGAGGUGAAACUGAUCCAGU